AUGGCUCAAAUUCUUUCAAACGCAGAAGAAAAUACUCUUGUACGAUGGAUUUCACGACUUAUCAUCACUGGAUUCCCUGCUACACCUAUGUUGAUGAAGGAAAUGGCCGACGAAAUUCGUCUUCGACGCAUUCAGAUCGCGUCAUCUCGAAUUCCUACCUCGACAGAAAUUCCACCUAUAGGCCACGAAUGGAUCUAUAGAUUCCAAAAACGACAUCCAGAACUUAAAACAUGCUAUUCACAUCAAUUAGAGUCUAAUCAGGCUAAAGUGGCAACUCCGGAGAAUAUUCAGGCUUGGUUUGAUGCGUUUCGUACAUGUCUCAUUAAACGAAAGUAUGAAUUAGAUGAUAUGUAUAAUAUGGACGAAACCGGAUUUGGAGUUGGAAGUACUCAAAGUAUGCGUAUUAUAGUCGAUUCUACUCAGAAAUCGAAUUGGAAAGUUACAGCUGGCAAGCAAGAAUGGAUAACUGCAUUUGAAUGUGUCAAUGCAGCUGGAAAGGCUCUAUCACCUAUGAUCAUUUUCAAGGCUCAGAAUACGAAUUCUGCAUGGAUUCCAAAGGACAUACCUCAAAGCUGGCAGUUUUCUACGAGUACGAAUGGAUGGACCUCAAAUAGUCAUGGAUUAGAAUGGCUAAAAAGGGUUUUCGAACCAGAAUCUAAGAAAGUGUCAGGUGACCGACCUCGACUUUUGAUCAUGGAUGGCCAUUCAAGUCAUAUUACAGGCAGCUUUAUUGCUUUCUGUAUAGAGAAGGAUAUCGAUUUACUUAUAUUACCUCUUUAUUGCUCCUAUUUGCUUUAG